AUGAGAGAUUCUGUGUUUACUCUCGAUCUCUACCAUGGUGGUCAGAUGGUUAGCAGGAACGGAAGGAAAGAAUACCUUGGUGGGAUGGUAGUGGAAGGGUUGCAGUUUGAGUUAGAUGAGUGGUCGUUAAAAGAAAUUGUUGCAGCGCUGAAAGAAGUUGGAUACACAGGCAAUGCUAAAAUCUGGUGGAACGGACCUGGAGUUGCAUUGAAGGAUGGUCUUAGGGAGUUGAAGUCUGAUGGAGAUGCAAUGAGAAUGGGUAAGUAUGUAGUGGAACAAGAGAUUAAACACUGCCAUGUGUAUGCGGUUAGUGGAUGUAGACAAGGAAAUGGGGUUGAGAUAACCUCAAAUGAUGAGGACUAUAUACCCUCUGAUGGUGAGUACAGUGCUAAUGAUUUAGUUGAAGUAGAAGUGGUAAGUCAGUCAGAGUCUUCAAGUGAAGAUAACAGAUUUGAUGACAGUGCUGACGAUGGUGAUCAUGAGGAUCAUUUUGGCUUUAAUGUUGAAGAAGAAAACCAACAAGGUCAGCAUCCAAAUGCCUUCGGAGGUAACAGUGGCUCAUUAGGAACAGAUGAUAAUAAUGUUGAUGUGGGAGUUGGUGUUGAAAAUAACACAGGAGGGGUUACUGAAGAUGGAACAGAAAUUGAUGUUGGUGAUAUUUCUUCGGGUUAUGAUACAGAGUCAUUGGACAGCUAUGAUGGAGAUUCUGAUGAGCCCGUAAGAAAAAAGAGGUAUCCUAGAUAUAAUGAAGCUGACAUGAGUGUUGAUUAUGAGUUUCGGCUGGGGACUGAGUUUAAAUCUAUUGCUGAGUUUAAGGAGGCUAUUAAGGAAUAUGCAUUGUUGAAUGGGAGGGACAUUAGAUAUGUCAAGAACGAUCAGGUUAGAUGCAGAGUCAAAUGCAAGGGUUUAGGCGGAGAGUGUCCAUGGAUGGCAUUUGCAAGUAAAGUAGGAAAAUCUGGAUGUGUUAGGCUGAAGACAUUGAAGAGUAAGCACACUUGUGGGAGGAACUACAGUGGCCGUCUUGCGUCCAGCAAUUGGAUUGCUAAAAAAAUUACUAAUAACAUAAGUAGAGGAGAAGAUAUGAAGCUGGGGACUGUAAUUCAAACUAUUCAAGAAAAAUACAUGGCAAAUAUAUCUGUGUGGAAAGCUUACUGGGCAAGAAGAAAGGCAAGGGAAGUGGUGCAUGGGAAGGCAGUGUAG